UCCGCCAUUUUGUAAGGGUAUAAGAAAAGUCGACCAAGCAACAGAUUUGCUGGUCUAACCUGUGUAGCUAGGUAGUUCCGUGUUGUGCAAUGGACGGCCGUCUAGAGACUGAUUUGUAUCCUAUGGGAUCUACUUACGUCACUGAACUAGACAGUGUCCACGAUAUUACAGUUGGUACAAAGAGAGGAUCAGACGAGCUUUUCUCUUGUGUCGCAAACGGCCCCUAUAUAAUGACCAGUUCAGCAGCCAAUGGCAAUGACAGCAAAAAGUUCAAAGGUGACAUAAGGAGCCCAGGCAUCCCGUCGCGCGUCAUCCAUGUCCGCAAGCUCCCCAAUGACAUCAAUGAGGCUGAGGUCAUCGCCCUGGGCCUGCCCUUUGGCAAAGUCACCAACCUGCUCAUGCUCAAAGGAAAGAACCAGGCCUUCCUGGAGAUGAACAGUGAAGAUGCAGCCCAGACCAUGGUCAGCUACUAUUCCUCUGUGACGCCCGUCAUCCGCAACCACCCCAUCUUUAUGCAGUACUCCAACCACAAGGAGCUGAAGACAGACAACUCCCCGAACCAAGUGAGGGCCCAGGCGGCGCUGCAGGCAGUGAACGCGGUGCAGACCGGGGGCCUGCCCAUGGCCGGGGGCCUGCCCAUGACGGCGGUGGACGCUUCGGGCGGUAUGGGGGGGCAUAGCCCGGUGCUGCGUGUCAUUGUGGAGAACCUCUUCUACCCGGUCACCCUGGAUGUGUUGCAUCAGAUCUUUUCCAAGUUUGGCACUGUGUUGAAGAUCAUUACUUUCACCAAGAACAACCAGUUCCAAGCCCUGCUGCAGUAUGCUGAUGGCCUCACUGCUCAGCAUGCUAAACUGUCUUUAGACGGGCAGAACAUCUACAAUGCCUGCUGCACCCUUCGCAUCAACUUCUCCAAGCUCACCAGCCUGAAUGUCAAGUACAACAACGACAAGAGCCGUGACUACACACGCCCUGACCUGCCCACGGGAGACAGCCAGCCCUCCAUCGACCACCAGGCAAUGGCUGCAGCCUUCGGUGAGUACUAUGGUGCUCCUGGGAUCAUCUCUGCCAACCCGUACACCGGGGCCCAUGCCUUUCCCCCAGCCUUCACCAUCCAGCAGGCUGCAGGCCUGACCAUGCAAGGUGUUCCUGGCGGCCUGGCCCAGCUGACCAUGCCAGGGGCUGCGGCCGCCGCAGCUGUCCGAGGACUCGGCUUCCACCAACUGUCCGGUGGCCACUGUGUCAUGCUGGUCAGCAACCUCAACCCGGAGAGAGUUACGCCCCAAUGCCUCUUUAUUCUUUUCGGUGUAUAUGGUGAUGUGAUGAGAGUGAAGAUUCUGUUCAACAAGAAGGAGAAUGCUCUGAUCCAGAUGACCGAUGGGACCCAGGCUCAGCUCGCAAUGAGCCAUCUGAAUGGCCAGAGAUUGCAUGGGAAAGCCCUGCGUGUCACCCUGUCCAAACAUACCAACGUUCAGCUUCCUCGCGAGGGCCACGAGGACCAGGGCCUGACGAAGGACUACAGCAAUUCACCCCUGCACCGCUUCAAGAAGCCCGGCUCCAAGAACUACUCCAAUAUAUUCCCGCCCUCGGCUACUCUGCACCUUUCAAAUAUCCCGCCCUCUGUGGUUGAAGAUGACCUCAAGAUGCUUUUUGCAAGCUCUGGUGCAAUGGUGAAGGCCUUCAAGUUUUUUCAAAAAGACCGCAAGAUGGCCUUGGUUCAGAUGGGCUCAGUGGAGGAGGCCAUAGAGUCCCUGAUUGAGUUCCAUAAUCACGACCUGGGAGAAAACCACCACCUGAGGGUCUCUUUUUCCAAAUCCACCAUCUGAGGGGAGCCCAAAACGCAACUGCUAACAGGCUGCUGUCCUUUUCCGAAGUUGACUAUGUCAAGUUGCAGUGACACGACUCUUCUGUUGUAAAGUAGCCUUCACCACAGAAUUCACUUCCAUCAUUCCUAGUAUAUGAUAUUUAUAUACACAAAUCAGCCUAUAAACCAUAUAUGGAGAAGAACAGUGCACACCCAAUUUUACUGGGGUUUUAAACAUUUUUAGUUUUCUAUUAUCUUGCCUUUUUGGGGGGGGGGGGGGGUCCUAGCUCUCAGCAUACUGAAAGAGUUUACACUUAACUAGGAGUCUGAAUAAAGACUCAUGUAAGCUUCAGUCUUCUGGAAUAUUCCAUUUGCCCUUUGGGUCCAGCACCACUAGGUUCUGUGCCACUUCUGUAGCAUCUCAUGUCCUCUUGCCUUCAGAGCUUUCCUGUGCCUUACUCAACCAGUCUUAAAUCCUUCAAUUUGAUACUAGCAUUUUUACAAUCCUCCUUUGUCCAAUGCCUUUGUUUACUAAUGCCGGGUUUACCGCGGAUGUGGGUUCAUCGUUUGUAUGAAAUCUAUUACAAGUUUGUCCAUUUCCCCAACAUUAUGAAGUUAUUUUAUAGUGCCUUGUUUUAAGUUGGCUAGUUUGAAAUCAGCAAUGCGUAUCUAGCUUUUUUUUGACAUACUCCUUGUACCAGGGUUUGUCAGUCAUAUUUGGAGUCCUGUUUACUGUAUCUCUAUAGGUGGUUUGCAUUCCCUUUUGACAUGUAUGCAAUCAUUUUGUACAAAUCUAGUAUUGUACACAGUUAUUCCUAUAUUCUGUUUGUUGUAGGUGUCAGGUCUUGGUCAGUGGUUGUCUUAACCGCUGUGCCUCUGCAAAAAGUCUUGCUUGAACUUACCUCAAGUGUGGUUUACAAUGUGAUCUCUUGUUUCUGAUUUUAUCUUGCUUUCCUCUCCUGUUGCAGACUCUGUCAACUUAGUAUUUGUUCAACUUUGUUAUACACUACAGCUUGACCAAAUAAUGCCUUUUUCUAGGUUAUUGUAGUUAGUAUGAGAGACACUGCUUAAUUCACUGUCAGUUGUGGUAAUCCGCUCGUCUUGCAGCGUCUACAUGGCUCUUGAGCUUCAGACACGUGGACUACUGCAGCUCCCCCGCUGUGAGCCAUGAAUUACAUUACAGAAUUGGACUCUUUCGAGGUGUGUGUAACUUACACCAGUGAAUACUUGUGUCAGUCACUCCACUUGACUAUUCACGAAAGGGUGAGCAGCUUUUAUACGGCGCCCUGUCAUUGCAGUCUGACUGGUCGCAGUCAACAGACUGUGCAGCUUUUAUUAAGAUAAUUUUAAUAUUUUGGACAAGUGCCUUUCAAAACAGUCUACUUUGGUCUGGUGGAAUGAAAGUGUUGUUUUUGACUUUAAGUUCCCUGAGGCUUGUAUGAAAUUCAUAACCGUCUGCAGUGAAUUUACACUCUGUGGCAACUUUAUUAACAACACCUAUGUAGUAUCGGGUGGGAACACCCUUUUGCCUCCAGAACAGCCUGAAUUAUUUAGUGUUUUUCUAGUCUCCAAUUGUCCAGUUGUGGUAAUUGCAUGCCCACUGUAACCUCAUCCUCCUGUUCUGAGCUGACCGCAGUGGAACUUGAUGUGGUCUUGUGUUGCUGUAGCUCAUCCAUUCAAGGUUUUAUGUGCUGUCUGUUCAGAGAAGCCCUUCCGCACGCCACUGUUGUAAAGAGGUGAUUUGAGUGUUGGUGGCCUUCCGGUCAGCUUGAAUGAGCUCAACCAUUCUCCUCUGACCUACAUUUACAAGGUGUUUUUGUCCACAACUGCUGCUCACUGGAGGUUGUUUGAUUGCACCAUUAUCAGCUGUAGUGUGUUUGAGAAAAUCCCAGGAGGUCAGUUAUUUUUAUAUUUUUGAACUGUUGUCAGGCACAUUCAUACCACAGUGAGUUGCUUUGAUCACGUGUGUUCCCCAUUCUAAAGUUUGGUUUAACUAACCUAUAUGAUCAUGUUUGUACACCUCAUAUAUUGAGUUGUAGCCAUGUGAUUUGCUGUAUAUGUUAAUGAGCAGGUACCUAAUAAAGUGGCCACUGAGUGUAUAUGCAGGCUCCAUGGAAGGUGGACAUGUUGAGCACUUGAUUAGUUAAAUGUCAUUUAUCAACUAUCAGUCUUAAUACUGACACAUUCCAUGUGCAUUUUCUGUUUGGGAGUGGAGGUUCUUUAGGUUUUAGUAACUUUCACACUUAGUUGUGUGUGAAUCCAGUUUUUCCCCCAAUGUCGACCUGGUGCAAAGCAAUAAUAGAAUUUCAGGGUAUGGUAAGGAACCAGUGCUCACUUGCUUUGUUCAAUCAGUUUCUUUAAACAAAAUUGUUACAUGAUAAUCUGUUCUUAAUUGGAUCACCUGACUUCAAUAUUGACACUUGUUCAUAUCAAUCAGUGUAGCCUGUGUUAAAUGUCUUGCUUUGCAUACCCCAGGCAAUGGCAGGAAAGGAUUUUCCAAUUAUGCAAAAUUGCACAGCAUUUAAAAUCAUUACAACCUCAAUCAUUUGAUGUUUGAUAGUGGGAUUUCUUCAAGAGUAGUGAUAUUUGUCAGGGGGUUGGGAUGUAUAUACUUUUUUUUUUUUUUUGUACCACAUAGUAGUUAUUCAGAAGCAAUAUGUUUUUCUUAAUCUAUGAAACAUGUAUAUAUUUUGAUUACAGCUUGGGAAUAUUCCUGAGCCCAUCAGUAAAACAAGUUUGUAUCACAGGAAUUAAAUUGUUUUCUAACAAAGUUUUUGUCCCUUUUGGUUGUUGUAGUGUAACUUACACAUUUCUGGGUCUUGUGCCUUCAAUAAAUCUUUUCUCUGCUU